AUGGGAGAGGACGUUUACCUCGUAUACCAUGAUCGGGCCAGCCAGGUACGGCUGUACCGCGGACUCCCUGAGCGCCCAGACCCGACAGGCAUCCAAUCCUGGGGCCGCUGCCAGCGGGACCCACCUGCCCUUGCAAAGGAUGUCGGUCUUGUAUGGAUGAGUCUUGAAGGACACCGGGUCCUGACCAUCCCGGACAUCCGAAAAAAGAAUCCUCACCUACAGGCUGACCAGUUCGGACCCACCAAUACCCCAAUCCUCAUGGCCCCAAAGAAAUGA